AUGUUAUUGGUGAAGUUAAUGUGGCUCUGCCCCUGCCCUGCCCUGCCGCUGACCCUGCCCCUCCCUGCCCUGCCCUGCCCUGCCCAACUGCCCUCCUGCCCUGCCCUGCACCUGCCCUGCAACACUAACCUGCCCUGCCCUAGCCCUUGCCCUGCCCUCCCUGCCCUGCCCUGCCUGCCCUGCCCCCGCCCUGCCCGCCCCGCCCCGCCCUGCCCGCCCCCGCCCUGCCCAGCCCUGGCCGCCCCGCCACGCCACGCCUUUACCACUCACGGCCCACUUUGCUAUACGCCCCCACGUACCUCUCGUUACACGCGCGCGCCGCUCCGCCGCCGCCCGCGAGCACGUGUGCGCUGUGGUGACGUAGGCUACGUCACAGGAGGAGGAGGCGGCGGCGGCUUGACGUUUGCUCGCCCCGCCAGGCCCUGUUUGGUCACCGACCUCACCGCCGACCGACGCCGACGUAACACUCCAUUGAUACCCCGCGCGACGCGACGCCGGCACCGCGCCGCUCCUGCCGCUGCCGUGGCCGUGCCGUGCCAAAACUUGCGGAGCUACAAUGGCCUCUCCGUGGACCUGUACAAGGCCUCUGAUUACGAUCGCCUGGCCCUUUCGUUGCUCUCGCCCCUGCCUAACGAGCAGGACUUUGCCAUCAACGUGUGCACCCUGCUGUCUAACGAGGGCAAGCACACGCUGCGUCUCGACAAGUGUCCGCGCCUCGUCAACUUCCUGCUGGCCCACGCCGGCGUCUUCAACGACAGUGAGUUCAACGACUACCCUCUUACCCUCCUGAGUUGUCCGCCCAAGGCUGAUCCAAACAAAGCACGCAGUUUCGGAGCGGUUCCAAGCGGAGACGUUCUCAUUCGAACAAACACACACACACAAACUCAACAUCCAUUAUCGAAACGAAACAAAUUGCGUAAUGUCGCAUGUUACGCGAGUUUAAUCAUAUCCCGAAGGCGAACACAGGCGUCCCAUUUUACCCGUCUGAGUGUGCUGCGCAUCUUGCUCUUAUCGAGUCAACUUUCACCUUCCCAGAUUUAA